GUUGCUCGACAGCAUGAUGAACCCGAUGGACCUGCUCGACAUGGAGCGCCGCAGCGGCGUCUCCAACCAGGACCUCGACGACUUUGUGCGCAAGGCCGACGCGGUGGCCCGCGCCGUCGACCAGAUCAAGAAUGGCACGUUCGAUCCCGACGAGUGCGACGUGCCAGGCUACCUCACGCCUGAGCAAGAGGCUGCGGAAGAGCGCGCUCGCCAAAAGCGCGAAGCCGAGCGCAAGCAGCGCGAGGAGGAGCGCAAGCGCAAGGAGAAAGCCGACGAGCACGAGAACUGGUGGACGCGCGCCAAGCUCCGCUUUUCCAUCGAGCGCGCCGAGGACGACGACGGGGAAGCGUCCAGCGCCAAGGCCGAUGCGUGGGCGAAUCGCGUUGUCCAAGCGUACAAGGCGCGCGACGCCAACGACUACUCGGUCUGGGACGCAUGGGAGCCCAAGGACCCCGUGACAUUGGAAGAGAAGGCGCGCCAGGCGGCGCUGGACGAGAAGAUGAAGAACGACGCGUUCGAGCGCGCGAACCCAGAGUUCUGCACGCAGUUCCAAGAAGACAUUGCCAAGCGUCGAAAGUCGACGCGCGAAAAGGCCAAGCUCGCCGAGAAGCUCAAGACGCGCGGGAACGCGCACUACAAGCGCAAGCAAUACGUCGACGCCAUCAAGCAGUACGUGGCGGCGCUCGCCGAAGCGCCCCACGACGCGGCCGUCUUGACCAACAUCGCGCAGUCUUAUCUGCGGCUCGAGUGCCUUGACGAUGCGCUCGAGUUUUGUACGCGCGCGCUGUACGUAGCUCCCGCGCACAUGAAGGCGCUCUCGCGCAAAGCCGCCGUGCUCCACCGUUUGCAGGACCUACAAGGCGCCGCCGCCGUCAUGAAGGAAGCGACGCGGCUCUAUCCGGACAACAAGGACCUCCUCGAGCAGCACUCUGCGAUUGUCGGCGAGUACGACGACGUGUGCGCGCGGUCGGCGCUCGACGCGUCCAUGGUGGCGGUCCCGACUCUUGACACGCUGCAUUUGCACGCUGCGAAGAAGCUCCUUGCAAAGCUCGACGACGCGGCCAUGGUGGCCCUCUCGCCCGUGCUCCACGUCGAUGCACAGGUGCGUCUGCUCUUUCGAACGUCGGGUGCCCUGGCGUCCGUGGCGGCGGCAGCGGAAACCAACGCGACGGCCCUCGACUGCCUCGUCGCCGCGACGGCCACCGACGACCGCAACAAGCGCGCCUUGUAUCAUGACGUCGCGUUUCGCGCCUGGUUCACAGCUGCCUUGGCGUCGUCGAACACGCCAGCCUUGUGGCAGCUCUUGGAGGCGCUUCUCGCCGUGCCGUUGUGGAAGACGUUGGUCGUGCAAACACCAAGCCUCCUUGCACAGCUGCUGCGCCUCUUGGCGCCGCGUAGCGUCGUGACGGCGACGGCAGCGCGCCUGCUCAUCACGGUCUCGGACGUCCACGCGUGCCGGGUGACGCUGACGACGUCGCUGGUCCAACCCGUCCUUCGUCAGAGUCUGGCCUUUCUGGGCGCACCGGCGUCCGAGGCGCUCAGCGACGUGCUUGGCCUGCUGCUCAACCUCUCGAACGAAAGUAUCUUUCGGGCGAUCGUCGAGACCGAGCCAGAUUUGCACCUCGAGAUGACACAGAGCUUGGUCGACACGCUGGCCGCGUCAGCGUCCGAGCGCGCGGCGGCGGUGCUGCUCAACCUCGCCAUCAAUCCGACAUCGGCCAUCCGCACUGACCUGCACACGGCUGGCGCGCCUCGCGUCCUCUUUAUGCUUCUGGACCGCGACGGCGAGCGCAUGCUCCAGUCGCACUGCGUGAGCCUCCUCUGCCGCCUCCACUCACUGCCGGCGCUGCGCGAGGAACUGGCGCGGCCGAGCGACCUUGCACUGCUCUGGCGCGUCCUCGAAACGUCCACGGCUUCGGCGAUGCCGGAUGCCAUGACGUGGCACGUGCGGGCGCAAGUGCUGUGCCACUUUGCGUGGGCCAUGGACCUGCCGUCGACACGGGCUUUUUGUCGCCGCGCCCACUGCCUCACGGCGCUCUUCCGCAGCGGCCUCCUCUCGCACACGCCGCCGUUCCCGCCGGCGUUUGAGCGCUGCUUGGCGAACGCGACCAAGUGUGCAAUUGCGCUCGUGCGCGACGGCCAGCGCAGUGACGUCGACGCGAUCGUGCAGAACGGUGGGCUCGAGGCGCUCGUCGAGUGCAUGCGCAGCGCCAAAGACGACAAGGUCGCGCGCAAGAACGUUGCGAUCCUCCUCGCAUCGCUCUGCGGCCAGGACGAGGCCAUCAAGGCGCGCGUCCGCGAGCUCCGCGGCAUUGAAAUGAUGCUCACCAUUUGCCGCUCGAUGAAGUUGUAG